AUGGGUCCUCAUCUACAACUUCCAGUGUCCAAUUUGGGCCCGGAGAAGGGCACCAACUUCCGAGUCUGUCCCUACGGUUCGAGGGUGUCAUCCAAAUUGACGGAAACGCGCUGUGGUAAGCUGCUCAAUCUAGUGAAGUGGCGGUUCAACCCUCCUGCAAUCCAAACAAUUCCAUGGCCACAUCUUGAAGCUGCGAAUCCACACCUAGACUCUGAGAAAACAUGGCUCGGGCAUGAUACGACUUUGAUGGGACAGGACCUCCCUUGGUUGAUAAGAACAGACGUCUACGUCACUAGUAUCUCUCUCUCGCGUCUCGGUGGUGUGGAAGUGUGGGUAACAUCUGAUGGACGAGCCUAUUUUGUACACAUGGAAACCCCUUUUGUGUCCUCACCGAUUGCUACAUCGAGCGAGCUGGCGUCAGAGGAGCACGAAAUGGAAGUAAUAUCUGCAAGAGAGGCUGCAUCCAUUGAUUCGGUUCGAGAGACACCUGGUGACCCAGUCUCUGAUCGCAUAAUGGUAGAUAAAUUGCGUUGGAUAGGCACCUGCAUACAUGGCCAUGAUGCUGAGUCUCCGAAUCUCCCUGAACUGGACCGAGCAACUUGCGCAGCAAUUAACCCCCAAUUCUCGGUGGUCGCUAUUGGAACUACCAGUGGAGGGCUAAUUAUUGUGCCCUUCCCAAUUCCUGGUGUCCUUCCAAAACAUGCCCAACCUCAGCUCAAGAUACCAUCCUUGGCCAUAACAGGGGCCUUGACCUGCGUUGAAUGGACUUCGGACGGAUACGCAUGUGCUGUGGGUUGGGAGAGAGGUUGGGGUGCAUGGAGUAUCGGAGGGCGCUGCCUUUGCUGGGCCGUUGGCAUGGAGAAUGUUGGCGCAGGGAUUGGGAUGAGUGAGAGUGGAAAACAGGAUGCGUUCAUGUUCGGGAUAAGAACACUAUUCUGGAAUCCAGGAAAUACCGAGUUAUGGGUCCUAGCGGCCGGUCGUAGUAAUGCUCCAAAUGAACCGGCGCAGUCGGGGUCACUCUUUUCGAUUCCAUUUGUCAAAAGCGCAAUUGCUGGACAGCAUUCCCCGGAUAACACGCGAUACGCAUUUCUCCAGAUGGAUGAUCGAGUCCUCGUAUACCGUGGGGCGGACCAGCCAGAUAUGAGUGUUAUUAACCCAGAGUCGGAUGUCUGGCAACAUAUAUGCGUUCCUGCAGCAUACCUAGCGUAUAAUUGGCCAAUCAGGAGCGCAUCCAUUGCCCCCGAUGGUCGUCUUAUUGCUGUAGCGGGGCGUCGAGGAUUAGUACACUAUAGUUCGGCUUCUGGAAAGUGGAAGCGAUUCUUGGACCUCAAGCAAGAACAAGCAUUUGCAGUAAAGGGGGGUAUGGUUUGGUUUCAUCAUGUUCUGGUAGUUGCAUGUGCGGUUGGGAAGUCGUACCAGGUACGACUAUUUUCGCGCGAUUUGGAGCUCACCGCACAGAAUAUUCUACACCGCGAAAUAUUUGUGGCACCAGUAACCGGUUCUGAGGAACUCAGAUACGAUAUGCAAAUUCUGGCGGAUCGAAUCGAAUUUUGUUGGAUUCACCUCGAAGGGAUUGGUACCCUCGAAAACUCGCUUUGGGGAUAUGACGGGCGCGGGAUUCGACUCUGGUUGGAUGCGCUUACGUUAGAGAAUCCUGUGGACAAUAGUACUGAGGGCAGCAUUCAAUCCUAUGAAAGUAUACAAGAGAGCGUUAAUAUACCGCUCUCUUUCUACCCAUUGUCCGUACUGAUGGACAAGGGCAUCAUAAUCGGAGUGGAGCAUGAGAUUGCAACAAGGGGCUCACUUCCCUUCGUCAUGUUCAGGAUCGUGCCAACGACACAUCUGUUCCUUCACCAUGUCUUGGAACACCAUCUAACUCAUGGACAUGUCAGCGAUGCCGUUCAAUUUGCGACGCACUAUCAGCACCUAGUAUUUUUCGCACAUGCACAAGAAGUGCUGUUGCACAAUGUACUCGAAUCUGAAUGGGAUCGCAUGAACGCUCAACCUUCGUCGCAGUUCACUCCCGUUCUCCCAGCAGUUGCAGAGUUCUUAGAUUAUUUUGAUACGAGUCUGGAAGUGGUAGUCGGCUGCGCUCGGAAAACAGAGAUGGCACGGUGGAAUUAUCUUUUUGAUACAGUGGGAAAUCCAAGGGAUUUCUCAGAUUCGCUUAAGAUUGCAGCCUCUUAUCUUAUAGUACUUCAUACUUUAAAUGAAUUGGAUCAAAGCCACGAAGAUGUGAUUCGACUUUUACAGAAGGCCAUUGACGAAAAGGAAUGGUCCCUUUGCCGCGAUGUUUUAAGGUUCCUCCAAUCUGCUGACGAUACUGGACUGGCCCUCCGUCGAGCAAUUGCAAUGUCCGGCUUAUUGCCACAGAUCCCUGGGUAA